AUAUCUAUCCGUAUUAAGCUUUAGCCACCCCACUAGGGGUUUGUUCCAGCCCCGGCUAAUCCAAAACUACAAUAUUAUUAUUUUUUCAUGUAAAAGAAUUCAAGUCUACCCAAUCCAAUCAACUCAAUUCACUCGCAAUCUAUUUAAAACGACCUGCUUUUAUCCAAACCCGGCCCAACCUGACCCAUUUGCUAGUGAUAUAUAAGACAGUUUAAUCGAACAGUAAAACUCACCUCCCCCUCCCCCUCCACCUCCACAGCUCCUCCAGGCACAGAAGAAAACGAAAAGCCAGCAAUGGAUCCUCGUUAUUGUGAAGAAAGGCUGAGAGAUGAGGUAAUCUACCUUCACUCUCUGUGGCACCAAGGCCCUCCACCAAGACCCACACCCACACCCACACCUCCACCUUUGUAUCACACUCCGACCCCCACUUUCUAUUACCAACAACAACACACUCCAACUCCAACUCCUCCUCUUCCUAUUCCUAAUCCAAACCCCACUCCCCAUUAUCCAUUGUAUCACCAUCAACGCCAUUACCACCAACCCCAUCCUAUCCCACAACCACAACCACAAACACAACAACAACAACCCUUGUUCACCCAAACAGGAAAGAGAUUCAGAGAGUCCGACCCGCCUCCUGAUUCGGGUCCCGAAUGGCCACGCCUCAAAGACCCACCUCCCCAAACUUCAUCUGGGUCUGCUUGGCCUCCCAUGAAGAAGCGCACACUGCCAACAGCAACAACAACAGCGACAACGACAACAACUCAACCCUUAUCGGCCGAAAGCCAGGCCUAUCAAAUUCAGCACAAGGCUUUCCAACCUUGCCGUGCAUUUCUCCUCGUCAAGGAUGAAGAUGGAGAUGAAGCUAGCCAAGAUGGGAGUUCUUCAUCUUCGGAAAAUGAACAAGUUGAUGAAGAGGAAGAAGAAGAAGACGACGAAUUGAGUUUCUUUUUUAAGUUGUUUUCGGAGGACAGUGAGUUGAGGGGUUACUAUUUGAAAAACCGUGAUAAUGGAGAGUUUUAUUGUCUUGUUUGUGGUGCAAUAGGAAAGAAGGCGUGGAAAAAAUUCAAGGGUUGUGUUAGCCUUCUUCACCAUUCCACUUCUAUUUUGAAGACUAAGAGAAAACGGGCUCAUAGGGCUUUUGCUCAGGUUGUUUGUAAGCUUCUUGGUUGGGAUUUUCAUCGGAUUCCCAAUAUUGUCUUCAAACCUCAGCCUCUGCAGCUCCAGGGUGGCCCUGAGGGAAUUGCUGAUGAUAGUAAGGAUGACUCUGAUGAUGUUAAAAAGGAUAAUGCAGCAGCCUCUGUCAAUGGUAUUGAACAAUUUGACAAUUCAAUCUCCGUUGUCACUGUCUGUAAUGGUGAAAAUGCAAACCCCAAUCAUCCCCAACACACUCCAAUUUCUAUUCCUAAUCCAAACUCCAGUCCCCAUUAUCCAUUGCAUCACCAUCACCACCUAGCCCCAUUCCCACAAUCUCAAUCCCAACCCCCCACCCAAACAAGAAAGAGAGUUGGAGAGUCUGACCCGCCACUGGAUUCAGGUCCCGAGUGGCCUUGCCCCCAAGACCCGCCUCCUGAAACAUCAUCUGGUUGGCAUUCCAUGAAGAAACCUGUUUCCACUCUUCAACCCUUAUCGGCUGAAGACCAAGCCGGCCAAAUGCAGUACAAGGCAUUACAACACUGCCGUGAAUUUCUCCUCGCUAGAAAUGAAGACAAAGAUAAAACUAGCGAAGAUGGGAAUUCUGAAGAAGAUGAAGAAGAAUUGUGCUUCUUUCUGAAGUUGUUUUCAGAGGACAGGGAGUUGAGGAGUUACUAUGAGAAGUGCUAUGAAAGUGGGGAUUUUUAUUGUCUUGUUUGUUGUGGAACAGGGAAGACGGUGUGGAAAAAGUUCAAGGGUUGUGUUGGCCUUCUUCAGCAUUCCACUUCUAUUUUGAAGACUAAGAGAAAGCAUGCUCAUAGGGCUUUUGCUCAGGUUAUUUGUAAGGUUCUAGGUUGGGAUCUUCAUCGGCUUCCCACUAGGUUGGGUUCUUCAUCGGCUUCCCACUAUUGUGUUGGCCUUCCGCAGCUCCAGGGUGGCCCUCCGGAAAUUGCUGAUGAUAGUAAAGAUGAUGAUGAUGUUGUUAAAAAGGUUAAUGCAGCUGCCUGUGUGAAUGGCAAUAUUGGUGAAACUAAUGCAGUUUCUGUUGCUGCUAGUAGUGGUGAAGUCGCAGCAGCCUCUGUCAAUGGUAUUGAACAACUUGAAAAUUCAACCUCUGUCAUCACUGUCAGUAAUGGUGAAAAAGCAUUUUCUAUUAAUGGUAAUAGUAAUAGUGGUGAAAAUAUGGUCUCUGUUGAUGGUGAUCACAGCGAUGCAAUUGGUAAAGAAGGUUUUUGAGGUUCAUCAGUAUAGUGUUGUUAAUUAAUGAAUCCUUUUACAAAGACUGAUAUCAAUAAACAGAUUUGUCAUCUAUAAACAAAACAAAACAGAUUUGUCAGAAAAAGAACAUGAUAGCAGCAAGCACUCUGAAAAUCUUGAGAAGGAAAUGUCAUCUACAGGACGGAAUGAAGAGGGGGUUAGUUAUAUGCGGGUGAGAUGAUUGUUGUGAAUACACAGAAUUUAAAAGCUACUCUUUCUUAUCUUUUUUUUUUUUUACAUUUUCUUUCUUGGCAUGAUAGUUGACACUGUUCAUUUUUCUUCUCCAGACAAAUUGCUGUUAAAAUUGUGGUUGCAAAAUCUAUAUAUACAAAGAUUAAUCAGUUUCUUAAGUUUGGUAACUUAUGAAAACCCAAGUAUUUUGGGCAAAAAAAAAAAAAAAAAUCUUUUGAAGUCGUAGUAAAAUAAUAAAACCACAACAGUUUUAUAUAAUGAGCAAUAUGUCCCUUAGGAUUGCAUUCUAAUGAAGUUUCUCUUUAAAGGAAAAAAAAUUGUAUAAGAUAGUGACAUAGCUUCCCAAAAACAGGAAUAGGAAACUCCAUUUCCCAACUCACCACCUUCCAUCUUUGCAAGAGUUACCUUAAUUGCAUAACCUUUCAUCAUUCACUUGCCUGAACACUAUAAUGAGGCUGCAUGAUAACUGACAAGUAUCUGGGACUUGUGAUAUAUAUUAAACCAAAGAUGUUAGAUUUUUGGUUGAUUUCCAGAUUUUUGGUUGAUUUCCUAAUAUUUUGCCACCUUUCAUCAUCCACAUCAUUGAGAUUUAUUGAUUUAUUUAAUUUUUUAACUUCAUUUCACGACUAUAAACAACUGUCUCAAAAAAACUCAAUGACUACAUGACCCAGCAAACAGACGCAGGGAGCUUGCUCUUCUUCCUUCUCUCUCACUUUCUCACUCAUGUCCGAGCCACACUAUUUGCGACUCCACCACUGCCAUAGCUAUAGUCACCAGUGGUGGCAAAGGAGACGAAGGUGAUCCACCGGCAGUGGAGGCUCCUUGGACUAUGGCACAGUAUUUAAACAAUUUUUUUGUUCUACAUAAAUAGAGUAAAGUGUUGACUAUUAGUUAUCUCUGUAUUAAAAAUGUAAUACCAAAAUUGUUUAAUCCGCAAAGCUUGAUCCUUGAUAGAAAGAGUUGAUUAUGUGUUAUCUCUAUUGAAAUA